AUGAAGGCCGGUGGAGGCUCUAUUAGACGAAACACUGUUGGAGAGAAAGAUGCGCCGCCAAAGCCCACCGAUGCCGUUCCGGAAGCUAUUGCUGUGCGACAAAGCAUGACAAGAUCAAAGAGUAGCAAGCGAGUUUCUGUCGAUGAACCAAUCUCUCCCUCGCAAAGCAUCGGCUCCUCACGAGCAUCACAGGAUCGACAAUCAUUCUCGCCGUUCCCUACUUCGCCAUCGAAGGACAUCAGUUCGUCGAGAACGUCUCAGGAACGACAGCCCUGGCCGCCAUCUCCUGCAAAUGACGACUCCGCAUGGCCCUUGAAACAAACUGGCGCGUCGCCUGUAUCCCAGGAAGCCCAGCCAUUGUCGCUGUUCCCUGCCGAUGAUUCCGCCGAAGAGAAGGGGAUGGAAAAAGUGACCCCGGCAACGGACUCCUUUCAGGACACUUCUACGCUGGAACCUUCGCUGAGUCAAGAACAAGACCGUGCGAUGGUGGGCCAAAAUGAGCCAAGCAUCACCAAGGCACAGGAUGCUCCCACCGAGCAUAUCUCUCCAGUCCGUAACUUGCCACCGGUCCCCAUUGGGCAAGCUACUGUGAACCCAAGCCUGGCUGGAAAGGGCAAGCUAGCAGGUCGAAUCAAUCCCGCGCUGGCUGGACUGCUGUCUCGCGGCCCGCCCAUGGCCACUGAAGGACCGAAGAAGGACCUCCCGACUCCGGUCUCUACUGAAAUAGACUCUGCCUCGCCCUCUGCGCCUUUAACCCAUGUUACAAAAGGGCGUGCCAGAGGCCCGAAGAGACGACUUCCCAAGGCAACUACUGCUUCGACCCCAUUCCCCCGGGAUGAUUUUGAGGUUGGUGCUAUUUCAUACUUUGAAGCCAUCCCAUCACAGGCUCCUCCAAUCCCUGUUGAGUCUUCGGACGACACGUCGGAUCGCCUCUUGCAACCUGAUUCAGAUCUGAUUCCUGACACCGAAUUCCCUCGUUCAGGCAGCCCGGUAUCCACCCAACUCCCUGUGAAUAGUCCCUUGCAGGAACUCCUCGAAAGCGAAUCCACUCCUCCAGUCCCUGCUGCGUCUUCGGACGAUAUGUCCAAUCGCCUGUCUCUACCUGAUUCGGCUUCCCUUUCCGACACCGAAUUCCCCCGUUCAGGCAGCCCGAUCACCACCCAACCUCCUGUAAACAUCGCAUUGCCGGAUACGGAUACUCUCGAGAACAAAGGCGCGCCCUCGAUUCCUGUUGAGUCUGCCGACAAUGUAUCGGAUCACAUCUCGCAACCUGAUUCGGAUUUACUAUCUAACACCGAAAACGCCCCUUCGGUCAGCCCAGUCACUACUCAAUCCCCUGUGAAUAUUCCAUUGCAGAGUAGCCUGGAGGGAGAGCCCGAGCAACGACCUCAACCUCGUCCUUUGACAACGGAUUUUGAUAUAUUCCCCUCCCCUGGUUCCUCUCCUAGUCUUGAGACUGCACCCCGUGCUCUUGACAGUCCCGGAGGCAUGAGUGCAACAGACAGACCGCCCGUCCCGCCGAAAUCCAGUCCGCCCACAUCCCCAUUGCCUUCAACGCCAAAGUCACUAUGGGGCCAGCAAAAUCGGUUUGCCUCGUCGUCUCCAUCCCCUCUCCGAACAAGCUACAAAGAGAAUCGCAUGGAUACACCCCCGACUCCUCCGCAGAAGAACAUACCCGGUGUCACUGUAGCCGUCGCACGGGACUCUGUCUCACGUGCCACAAGCGAGCCCUCCCCUCCUGUGCCCCCAAAGCGAGACGAUUAUAUGCUUCACAAGCCCAUUGAUCCGCGCCGACUGUCCCGUAAGAUGUCAGCGCCGUCACUGGUUGCACAAGCUAGCGAGGCACGAGAGGUCAUUGCGGGAUUUUUCAAGGCAUUCCCCAACCCUCGAGAUCGCAUGGACAUUGACCCGCAGCUGAUGUUGAUGAAGAAACCAGAGGAUUUCAAGAUCAGAACUCUCAAGCUGCAGAUAUGGGAACUCACAGGCGAUGGCAGACGCCAGGAACUUCCCUCUCAUCAAGAGUACAUUCUCUACCAAGGCAGCAUGUAUCUCUGCGUGCAUCUCUUUGAAGCACAGGGAAGCAGCAGCUCGGAAGUCUAUCUCUGGUGUGGAGACGAUGUCCCGGAUGCUUCGGUGGACAAUGAACAGAUGUUCGCUCGCAAAGUAGCCCGUGAAAAUAGCUCCAAAGUGCAGGUCAUCCGACAGGGCAAAGAGCCCGUUCGCUUUAUUCAAGCGCUCGGUGGCAUCAUGAUCACCCGUCGAGGAUCCAGCUCUCGCCACAACUCAUCGGCCCUCUACAUGCUUUGUGGCCGGAAACAUUUGGGACAGAUGACCUUUGAUGAGAUCGAUUACUCGCUGCGCAAUCUCUGCUCUGGCUUCCCAUAUGUCGUUUCAGCUCCCUUUGGCAAGCUCUACCUAUGGAAGGGCAAGGGCAGUGGGCCUGAGGAGACGGGUGCCGCUCGUCUCAUUGGGAUGGAUCUGGGUCUGACUGGGGAGUUUGAAGAAGUCGCCGAGGGCGAAGAACCGGAAGAAUUCUUCGAUGUCUUCGCUGGUCCUAGAGAGGCUGCUCCGUACAUGUGCCAGGAUUAUUGGCAGCUCAAGCCGAAGUAUUCCCAGUUUCGCACACGACUUCUGCGUGUCGACCACGAAUUAGGGCAACCGACUCGUUUCUGGAAUCUACGCCGCCCCGGAUCGGGCUCGCCCGUGGUAAAACCCAACGACUGCGUCCAGGAAAUCGAGCCUUUCUGUUACCGCGAUCUCACUGAGAAGGAUAUUUAUGUUCUGGACACGUUUUUUGAGAUUUAUGUGAUCAUCGGCGAGCAAGCCUCACAGAAGUCGGCUGAUUUCGCGUCCGCGGUGGUCUUUGCACACGAGUAUGGCAUCCUGGCCACCUCUCUCCAGGAUCGACCUUUUAUCCCCAAGAGUUUUGUUGCGCUGGGUGGUGUCGCCGACCGCUGUCAAAGCGCAUUCCGCAAAUGGAACCCACGCACUCUCAACGCACCUUUUGUGUUCCCUCUGGAUGUGGUCAUUGAAGCCAUGCGAGCUCCAGGGGAGGAGUGA